AUGAUGAUGAUGGUGAUGAUGAUGCACUCAACUCUCUUGCUGCUUCCGAUUCUGGCCGCGGGCAACCCCAUUGAGCCACGUGCCUGUACCACUGUAUCCCCGACAUUCGUCAGGUCCGUUGACAUCUUGACUCCGGCGUACAUUCCAGUAGCGGACGGAACAACCGCUGUCUAUAAAGACUCCCAUGCACCGGAUCCAAAGGACCGAUACUAUGGCCAUAUCGAGGACACGGUAGUUGAAUUCUCUGGUAUUCCGUCCAACGCACAAGACUGCGAAUUCCAGCUCUUCUUCGAGAAAGGCUUCCAUGACAUCAUUGCCUACUACGAACCCGUCAAGAUCGAUGUCUGGAAUGUUGACCAGUCGGCACCAAGUAACUCGUCAACCAUUUCCUGGAACAACGCGCCUAAGCCAGUCGGACUGUUUGGUGUUCUUGAAGAUCUCGAACUGCCCAGAGGAGUGAACCUCCGCGGGUACCCAGCCUACGACCACGAUGUUCUGCGAAAUGUGAAUUCCAGCAACUGCAAGGAGACGAUGACGUUCCGAGUCAGCAUCUCGAGCUCGCUCGAGAAAGGAGGCGUGCAAUUCCGUCAGAGAGAUCAGAAAGUAGGACCGGUCGGUGGAUGGCGGAUGGUCUACAACUGUUCCUAA